CAUGCCCUGCUAGGCACUCCAAUGGUCGAGUAUAAAGCAUCAUACGGUGUAAGGAGUCAGCCUUCGCUUCGUCACUACACUCGGCCACUACUUGGUCUCCCUUCCGUUCAGUAAAUGCUAGAGUUGGAGGUUCACCAUGAACAACCCACAGGAGACUCUUAAGCAGUUCGCUGGACAUGCAUCUCGAUACGCCAUUAACCUGAACGAACGGAUCAGUAAAGAAGAAAAUUGCACUAUUCUACGCGGAGGGAAUGCUAUAGUGUAUUCAGGCAUUCUGCGACCCGGCGGAACAAGGGUUGCCAUAAAGGCGGCACGUGGCGGUCUUCCAGGCGAGGAGCGUGUAAUCAAGCAAGUUUUCAAAGAAGUUCAUCUCUGGUCGAAACUCCGCCAUGAAAACAUUAUUCCAGUUCUAGGAAUCACCACUGAAAUUGAUCUAACAGUAUCCAUUGUUUCUCCCUGGAUGGAGAAGGGAAAUGCACAUAUAUACGUGAAAAAUAAGGCUAUCAAUCCUUGUCCUCUGAUGAUAGACAUUGCACGAGGACUACAAUACUUGCAUACCCGUAGAGAGGGCCCGGUAUUCCACGGUGACUUGAAAGGCCCCAACGUGUUAAUUUCUGAUAGGGGCCGAGCCCUUCUCGCUGACUUCGGCUUUUCUUAUCUUGCCAAUUCUACGUUUAACAUGACCGUGUCCGGCAAAGUUGGGUUUUCCAUAUAUUGGACAGCUCCCGAAAUUCUGCUUGAUGAAGUGGAUAUAUCCGCAGAAGCUGAUGUCUGGUCAUUUGGGAUGACACUCUUGGAGUUGUUUACGCGCGAAGUCCCGUUCCACCAGUACACACGGAACGCUAUCAUGCGUAAAAUGUACCGAAUGGAGACACCAGAUCGCCCAAGCGAUGAACAAACGUGUUCGCGUCUGACAGACCAAUGGUGGGAUAUCUGCCGCCAAUGUUGGAAUGUUGAGCCCUCGUCGCGCCCAAUGAUAUCAGAUGUUUUACAGAUCAUCACAAGCAUAUAAUGAUGAUAAACUCCUUUGCCUAUCGCGACCUUAAUGCCGAGGUAGGAGCCUGAUAAGAUGUAGAGAUGAGUGUUUGGAAUGGCGUUGUGGGUAAAUUUGCGCUACAUCCCUCUGUAGACGUUGCCAAAUGAGCCGGACCCUAGCUUAUUCUGGUUACCCUUGAU